AUGGAUCCGCAUCAGACUGAAGUCAACGAGGAUGGCUGCUACGUAGGUCUGACGCAUGACCACCUCAGUGUCCAGAACAUAAUGGACCGCGUCCGCAGCCCUCAAGCGGGCGCCAUCGUCCUGUUCGCCGGUACUACGCGAGACAACUUUGCUGGGAAGCCAGUGAAGGAACUGCAGUAUUCCGCUUACAAUGCCCUGGCUCUCCGGACCAUGCUGUCCAUCUGCAAAGAGCUAGUCACGAAACAUCACCUCACUUCCAUGGCCAUGGUUCAUCGUCUCGGCACCGUGCCCAUUGGCGAGGAGAGCAUCCUGAUCGCCGCGUCUUCGCCACACAGGCAGGCCGCCUGGAGAGCCGGCGAAGAGGCCCUCGAGGACUGCAAAAACCGCGUCGAGGUGUGGAAGAGAGAGGAGUUUGAGGGCGAGGCCGGCGUCUGGAGAGCCAACAGAGACGGCGCAGUGGGCCAGAAGGUCGAGGAAGGCGAUGCAGACCCCAGUGUUUCCGCCUAG